CGAAGCUUCGUUUUCAAAUCACACGUAAACAAAAUUGUGCAAAGUAGCUUUAUUAUGUCAAGUUUAAAAUUAGAAUCAGUUUACGCGCUACCUUUUUAUGUAUUACAAAUACCAAACAUAAAAAUAAAAGCACCAUCAUGGUUUCACAAACCUUCGGCGAUGUUUAUGUUCUCCUUAAUUUUGUUAUCUUAUUUUCUGGUCACAGGAGGAAUUAUUUAUGAUGUAAUUGUUGAGCCCCCAAGUGUAGGUUCGACAACUGAUGAGCAUGGACAUUCGAGACCGGUUGCAUUUAUGACAUAUCGUGUAAAUGGACAAUAUAUUAUGGAGGGUCUGGCCUCCAGCUUUCUUUUCACUGUGGGUGGUUUAGGAUUCAUAAUUUUAGAUCAAACACAAAAUUAUACAACACCGAAGCUAAAUAGGCUUCUUUUGAUUGGCACAGGUUUUAUCUGUGUUUUGGUAGCAUUUUUCACAACAUGGAUCUUCAUGAGGAUGAAAUUGCCAGGAUAUUUACAUACAUAGAAUACUUUACGUUAAGUAAAGUAUUAUUAAUACGCGUAAUAUUGAUUGUGGUAGCCAUAAGAGGUAUU